AUGGGACGACAAAAGCAAGCCGCGCCGCUCCAGAGAGCCCCCUCUUCUCAAUUAAUGCACCUCUCAGACGAGUCUGAUGUGCCUCGAAAUUCUGCGAUUGACCAGGCAGACACGCCUUCUACUGCGAAUGGAAAUGUCUCCGAAAAAGCAACAGUGGCUCUGGAGACAGUUGCCGAUAGCCCUGGCCUGACGCAGCUUGUGAUCUGCGUCCUCGGUAUAUAUGCGGCAUUCCUCUCAUGGGGUGUAUUGCAAGAGGCGAUUACGACGACUAGCUAUGCCAUUCGUCCGGCAACCGCCGCGGAGCCAAACCCUCCAACAGAGCGAUUCACCUACUCUCUCGUGCUAAACACGAUUCAAUCUUCAUUCGCAGCUAUCACCGGCUUUACAUACCUCCUGGUUUCCAACCCGAAGGGCCAGAAGGUCCCAUCUAUCUUCCCCACGCGCCGAAUCCUCGUCCCACUGUUUCUAGUCGCGAUCUCCUCGUCACUCGCGUCACCCUUCGGCUACGCCAGUCUCGAACACAUCGACUACCUGACCUUCAUCCUCGCCAAGUCAUGCAAGCUCCUCCCGGUCAUGGUCCUGCACCUGGCCAUUUUCCGCAAGAGAUAUCCUCUGUAUAAGUACGGUGUUGUCUUGAUGGUCACUCUCGGCGUCGCAACUUUCAGUCUGCACCACCCAGGAACUAGCAAGAAGGUUGCCGCAAAGCAGCAGUCUGGAUCCUCUGGAUGGGGCAUCUUCUUGUUGUCCAUCAACCUACUCCUUGAUGGCCUGACCAACACCACGCAAGACCAUGUCUUCUCUUCGCCCAAGCUGUACACCCGCUUUACGGGCCCCCAAAUGAUGGUUGCCCAGAAUGUGCUCUCUACCAUACUGACUUCCGCAUAUCUCCUGAUCAUGCCGCAUCUCUCGCAGAGCGGUAUUUUGCACAAUCUCCUGCCUUUCCCGAUCCCUCCAUCUACUGAGACUGAGCUGUUUGGUGCUGUCUCUUUCCUCACUCGUCACCCCGAGGCGCUGAAACAUGUUCUCGGAUUCGCAGCGUGCGGUGCUGUCGGACAGCUCUUUAUUUUCUACACUCUGUCUCGCUUCUCUUCGCUGCUGCUCGUCACAGUCACAGUGACUCGUAAGAUGCUGACUAUGCUUCUCAGCGUGUUCUGGUUCGGACAUUCUUUGUCUGGUGGCCAAUGGCUAGGAAUCAGUCUGGUAUUUGGCGGCAUUGGUGCCGAAGCAGUGGUGCAGAGAUCAGAGAAGAAGGCGAAAGAAAGGGCCAAGCUUGAGGCUGCGAAAAAAGAGCUGUAG